AUGUCGGUCACUACUGUCAAGGUCAGCAAUCUCUCCUUGGGGGCUUCUGAGCGUGAUGUGAAAGAGUUUUUCUCCUUUUCUGGUGAUAUUGAAUAUGUGGAGAUGCGAAGUGAUACCGAACGGUCUCAGAUUGCAUUUGUUACCUUCAAGGAUGCACAGGGAGCAGAGACCGCAGUUCUUCUCUCGAGGACUAAGGAGAAAGUUGUGGUGGCUGAGGACGAGCAGAGGAGGAAGAUGGUCGAUGACUUUGCACAGGUUCACCUUUCCGAGUCUCCCAAAGGGUCCGACUCGGACGAGUCCAAGCCGGCCCCAGUUCAAGGUUUAAUCCUCUGA